AUGGAGGGAUCGGCGACGGAGGGCAAUCACGGAGGCGAUCCCCGCGCCGAGCAUGCCGCAACCAAGGAGUCCGAGGCGGCGGCAACGCAACACCAUCUGACGUUGCUCCGGCCGACCGUGGUCGAAGUUUCUGCAGCCGUGCUGGAUAAGGACAAGGUGGGGGAGCUCGAGUCGGUGGGGCUGGUCGGUGGCUCUCCACCUUCUGGUGGACGGGGGAGGCGUAGGCAGAGGAAGAGCGAUGGGGAGGACGAUUAUGACACCGCCGUGCCCGGGGACCUCAUUACGCGGGCGAAAAGGCGGCAGACGACAGGUAGUGCUGACGACGCCGGAGGCGCGGCAGUUGGGACACCACGAGGCGCCAAGGAAGCUAGUGGCAAGGCGGGCAGUCAAGCAUUGCGCCAGAAGGGCCGACCCGCAGCAAGAAAAGCAUCCGGCGGAAGGAGAGGCAAGAAAGCAGCGACGGGAACAAAGCCGAAACGGGGCGAUGAAGACCCCGGUGAUGCGGAGGAGGAGGAGGAUGAGGAGGAGGAUGCGGAGGGAGAGGAGGUGGCAGAGGAAGCGGAGGAGGAUGACGCGGAUGUUGGGGAGGAUGAAAAAGAUGAGAAUGAUGGCGGGGAGGACGAAGAGGAGGAGGAGGAGGAGGAUGAGGAGGAGGAGGAGGAGGAGGAUGAGGAGGAGGAGGAGGAGGAGGAGGAGGUGGAGGAGGCAGAGGAGGAGGAGAAGGAGGAUGAGGAGGAGGAGGAGGAGGAGGAGGAGGAGGAGGAGGAGGAGGAGGAGGAGGAGCAGGGUGACGACGAGGAGGAGGAUGUGGAGGAGGAGGAGGAGGAGGCAGCAGAGGAGGAGGAGGAGGAGGAGGAGGAGGAGGAGGAGGAGGAGGAGGAGGAUGUGGCGCCAGUGAAGGGACGGGGCGGGCGUGGCAGACGGGUGAGUGGUACAGGGAAGGAGGGGGGCCGGACUCGCCCUUCCCGAAAGCGCGGGGCAGUUGACGCUGCGCGCGGCGAAGCAGCAGGCAAACCGAAGGCGCGUAAGGUGAAGGGGUUGGUAAAAAGCAAGGGAGCCAGGGAGCAAAAGGGGAUGGAGGAGGAAAGGGUGGCCGCGCCAAAGGGUUCCAAAUGGUACCAGUAA